GUCCCGUAUGGAGGUUCUUUGAGUACAAACACCUGCACACGACCACAAGGUGGGAUAGGCUACAUCACCCCUUGAACUGGAUAAGUGGAAGAGGAUGGCUCAAUGAAAAAGAAGGAACAGUUAAACAAAGAUAAGUAAACUUCAGUCCAAGAGCAAUAUGUUUCCGAUCAAUGUAAAACAGUCAACACACAUGUGGCAAUAAAAAAAGCAAUCAUCCCUGGGUUGUACUGUAAUAUAUUCUAAUAUGUUAGAUGUAUGUAUUUAAUAAUGUUUCUGAAGCUUAACAUUGAAGGUUUGUAGCCUGUUCUUGCACGCACUGAAAAAAAAACAACCUCAGCAGUUCACAGCUUUUAACAGUAUUGCAUCGUUCACCUAUAUCACAUUUUACUUCAUGCACACAAAAAAACCAAUAAACAUAUACACACAUUGAGGGCCCUUCCACCUCAAACUCUGACCUUUUCCCCUAAACAUCAUAACUAACUGCUUAACUUCAUGUCAAAGGCUUAAGCUCAUACUCUUUCCAGAAGCUACCAGUUUCCACCAGGAUCCUAUGUGUCAACUCCCCCCCCACACACACACUUUAACUCCCCCUCCCACCCCUCUCCCCUCAUCAGGCAGUUGCUGGUGAGUUCUCAGCUGUCUAUGCCCUAAAUAGACCUCAUCAGGGGCAGACCACCUUUGAGGGGGUCACUUUUAACAAAAUUACUGAAUCAGAAGUGUUUUAUUCCUGAAGCUUUGGAUUAUUCAACAGCAUUUAAAUGACAUGUUUUUCAGUACAAAUAGUCAUGACAUACACUGGCCUUUAGCACAAAGCUGUUUUCAGGAAAGUUUGUGUACUUUGGAAGGAACCUCUUCUGUCACUGAUGGUCCACCUUAGUUCUGUCCCACCUCCUUGAGAUCUCUAUAAAUAUAAAUUGCAGUGCUGGUAGGGGAGGUAACAUAAGGCAGAUAAGGUUGGUAAGAAACGCUUGGGACUGCAGGUCCAGAUCAUCUACGCAGGAGGAAAAACACAGGAGCAGGGAACAAAGAAGAGGACUGAACAAUAUACACUCAACAGAGAUACAACCUAAAGAUGGGAGACCCAAUCCAGUUAAAAGAUGAGGGAAACAAACACUUUCAGGCAGGCGAUAUCGACAAGGCCAUUGAGUGCUACACUAAAGCCAUCAAAGUGUGUCAGGACAAAAAAGUGCUGGCUGUGAUUCAUAGGAACAGAUCUGCAUGCUACCUAAAAAAGGAAAACUAUGCCAAUGCAGCAUCUGAUGCAACUAAAGCAAUUGAUGUUGACGCAAAAGACAUUAAGGCUUUGUACCGGCGCUGCCAGGCUCUGGAGAAGCUGGGAAAACUGGACAUGGCUUUCAAAGAUGUGCAGAGGUGCGCCACCCUUGAGCCAAAGAACAAGAGCUUCCUGGAGACACUUCGCAGACUGGGAGCAGAAAUCCAGUCCAAGUUGAAAACAUCAUUUUCCACAGAUUCAAGGGUACAAACUAUGUUUGACAUUCUCUUCGAUGAAGAGAGCGAAAAAGACAAGAAGGAGAAAGCUGCCAACAACUUGAUUGUCCUGUCGAGGGAAGAUGCCGGAGCCGAGAGAAUCUUCCAGAAUAAUGGAGUGCCUCUGCUACUCAACAUGAUAGAAACGGGAAAACCAGAAAUGAUCCUGGCAGCUGUUCGUACGCUGUCAGGAAUGUGCACGGGACACAAGGCUCGGGCCAUGGCCAUUAUUCACAUGGUGGGUGUUGAUAAGAUGUGCAGCAUCAUGGCACUUGACAAUGAGGAGAUUGCACCGGCAACCUGCAACCUCUUCCAGUGCAUCAAUGAUUCCCUCACUGGUGGAGAUACGCGAGAAUAUGGGAAAGAAGCAGACCUGGUUUUGGAUCCAUCUAAAGAUCUAAAAACUAUUCUCCUCUCUCUGCUGGAGAUGGUUGCUAAUAAGAAGGUGUCUGGCCAUGGCAGAGACCAGGCACUGAACCUCCUGAGCAAGAAUGUACCUCGAAAAGAGAAGAAGGUGAUGGACCACUCCAAGACCCUCUUCACUAUUGACCACGGUUUGAAAAAGAUCCUCAAAGUUUGUGGUCAGGUUCCUGAACUGCCAGACCAGCUGCCCCUGACAGAGAACACACAACUGAUUGCUAGCGUGCUGCUCAGCAAGCUCUAUGAUGACCUUAAAUGUGACCCAGAGAGAACCAACUUCAGGGACAUUUGUGACGAAUAUAUCAAAUCCAAAAUUGACCCCAACAACAUGGACAACACCAUUCAUGCCAUCAACUGCAUCUCAGGGCUGAUGCAGGGUCCCGCUGAUGUUGGUAAUGCUUUAAUUGGACGGCAAGGCAUCAUGGAGAUGAUGGUGGCACUGUGUGGCUCUGAACGCGAGGUGGAUCAGAUGGUUGCAGUGGAGGCCCUGAUCCACGCCUCGUCAAAGAUGAGUCGUGCCUCCUUCAUCAUUACGAAUGGUAUCUCACUGCUCAAGGAUAUCUACAAGAAGACCAAGAAUGAGAAGAUUAAAAUCCGUGCGCUGGUGGGUCUCUGUAAACUGGGUUCAGCUGGAGGUGACGAUUACAGUUUGAGGCAGUUUGCUGAGGGCUCCACAGAGAAGCUGGCUAAACAGUGCAGAAAGUGGCUUUGUAAUCCCCAGAUUGAUACCAAAACCAGGAAAUGGGCUAUUGAGGGUCUUGCAUAUCUCACCAAUGAUGCUGAUGUAAAAGAUGACUUUGUGGAGGAUGAGCCUGCCAUGCAAGCCAUGUUUGAACUGGCUAAGUCUAAGGAUAAGACAAUCCUAUAUGCAGUUGCUUGCAUCCUGGUUAACUGCACCAACUCCUAUGAUAAGAAAGAAAUCAUCCCUGAGCUGGUUCAGCUGGCCAAGUUCUCAAAACAGCACGUGCCUGAGCAACACCCCAAGGACAAGAAGGACUUCAUUGAGAAGAGAGUGAAACGGCUGCUGAAGGCCGGAGUCACAUCAGCACUUGCUGUCAUGGUAAAAGCAGACAACACCAUCUUGACGGAUCAGACAAAGGAGAUGUUGGCAAGGGUUUUCUUGGCAUUGUCAGAUGAUCCCAGAGACCGUGGUACUAUUGUUGCACAUGGCGGAGGAAAGGCUCUGAUACCACUCGCUCUGGAAGGAACAGAAGCAGGAAAGGUGAAAGCCAGCUAUGCCAUUGCCAAAAUAGCUGCCAUUUCCAACCCAGAAAUCGCCUUUCCUGGUGAGAGGGUGUAUGAGGUGGUCCGGCCUUUGGUGAACCUCCUUCACACAGACAGAGAAGGCAUGCAGAACUAUGAAGCUCUGAGGAGUCUCACCAACUUGGCUGGUUUCAGUGAAAAACUGAGAGCGAAGAUAGUGAAAGAAAAGGCUUUGCCUGAGAUUGAGAACUACAUGUUUGAAGAGAACGACCAGAUCAGAUUGGCUGCCACUGAAUGCAUGUGCAACUUGGUGACAUGUAAAGAGGUCCAGGAUCGUUACCUGGAGGAUGGCAAUGAUAAGCUGAAGCUGCUGGUGUUGCUCUGUGGUGAAGAGGAUGACAAACUUCAGAUAGCUGCAGCAGGAGCUCUGGCUAUGAUCACUGCUGCGCAGAAGAAGCUGUGCACCAAAAUGACUCUGGUGACAUCCCAAUGGCUUGAGAUCCUGCAGAGGUUGUGCCUUCAUAGCAAUCCUCAUAUUCAGCACCGUGGUCUUGUCAUUGUUUACAACAUGCUCAACUCAGACAACAGCGACCUGGCCAAGAAACUGAUAGAGAGUGAGUUACUGGAAAUCCUUUCAGUGAUUGGCAAGGCGGAGGACAAUCCGAAGAGGCAGGAAGUCAUUGAUGCAGCACGCACAUGUCUGGUCAAAGCAAUGGAUCUUGGUCUCAUCAAACCCUUCACCAGCCCUUCCUAAAGGACAAGCCAAAGAUCAACGGACAUUCUUCUGUUUUCCUCUGUUAAACAGAGAUUUUUUUUCCCCCAAAGAACUCUUUUUUUUUGUUUGUUUGUUUUAUAUAGUGAUUUUAGGAGUCAUCAACUUGACUCCACAUCUCUAAAUAUAACUCCUCACACUGUGAAACAAGGAUUCUUUUUAUAUUUAUAUACAGAAAUAAUUAAGGGUUUGAGCAGUAUAGGACGUAUAUCGGG